AUGCUGACUUUUAUCCAGCUGAUAAUUUUCCUUUUUUGGACAACCAUUAGCUCAGCUGAUGCAGAGAAACUUUUCCAUAACCGGGAUCAUUCUGAUUUGCAGACUCUUAAUUCCCACCAAGCUGAGCUCAUAACAGAUAAAUACACAGCAGAGUUGUUUCUCUCUAGAUAUGGAUUCAUUAAACCAGUGAACUGGGAGGAGAUCCAGUUUGAAGAUUCAGACACUUCUUUUCAUGAUGAUUUCCUAGACGACCUUCAUGCAGUGAUCCAGGAGGGGACCUCACUGCCUCACUCAAGGGAUGCUCCUCAAGAUGAUGAUCAGUAUGACCACAACAGUCCAACUAAAAGCAGAGCGUUUAUUUCAGCACUUGAGGAGUUUCAGAAGGUAUCGGGCCUGCCUGUCACAGGUUUGUUUGAUGAGGCCACCAAGUUGGCCAUGAACAAACCGAGGUGUGGAGUCCCCGACAAGAAGCUUGACCUAAACACUCCUGUAGUGCCUGAGAACAGUAGUGCCUCAGAUAUUGAAAACAGUCCAAAUGACUCUUUUAAUGAGACUGACAGUAACAACACAGCAAAUAAUUUAAUCAAUGACACUUCUUUUGGUUCUGGUAACUCCUCUGAGGAUGACUUAUUCAAUUUUAACGACACAGAAAGUGUUCUCACAGUCAUUUCCAAUGACACCGAUGUAAUUCACACAGAUCACACUUUAAAAAACAGCUCACAAGACAUCAACAUGGACAGUCAAAUGGUAAAUGUCAGUGUGAAUAUACGACAGAGCGAAACAGCGCUUGUUAGGAAACGUCACCUUGCCACUCUUGUAUCCAAGAGUAGGCGGAGGAGAGAUUUGAGUGAAACAGGUUACAGGGCCUUUUCUAAGAAAGUUUUGAAGUGGAGACUGAUUGGAGAAGGCUACAGCAAUCAGUUGUCUAUUGAGGAGCAGAGGUACAUCUUCAGACUGGCCUUCAGGAUGUGGAGUGAAGUGUCUCCGCUGGAGUUCGUGGAGGACACACGUUCCCCACUGGAAGAUAUUGAUAUCAGGCUGGGCUUUGGCACAGGAAGGCAUCUGGGAUGCAAUCAGAGGUUUGAUGGCACUGGUCAGGAAUUUGCCCACGCCUGGUUCCUGGGUGAUAUACACUUUGAUGACGAUGAACAUUUCACUGCUCCCAACGCUGGCAGUGGCAUCAGCCUUCUUAAAGUGGCAGUUCAUGAGAUCGGCCAUGUCUUGGGUCUGCCCCAUAUCUACAGGCCUGGAUCUAUAAUGCAGCCCAGCUAUCUGCCCCAUUUGUCUGGCUUUGAGAUGGACUGGAUGGACAGGAAAGCCAUCCAGCACCUCUAUGGGGGAUGUAAGGGUCGAUUCAGCACUGUAUUUGAUUGGAUCAGAAAGGAAAAGACACCCUAUGGGGAGGUAGUAGUCCGCUUUAACACAUAUUUCAUCAGAGACAGCUGGUACUGGCUGUAUGAGAACAGAAAUAACAGAACACGCUUUGGAGACCCAGUUGCACUUCAGAUUGGCUGGCGUGGCAUUCCCGUCGAUGGAGUGGAUGCGCAUGUGCAUGUGUGGUCCAGAAAAAGAGAUGCAGUUUACUUCUUCAAAGGUACCCAGUUCUGGAGGUAUGACAGUGAUAAUGACCAGGUGUUCAUGCAGGAUCCAGAAGGUCACCGCUAUCCAAGAAUAAUCUCUGAGGGUUUCCCAGGGGUCUCCGGCCCCAUUGACACAGCGAUAUAUGACAGGAGAGACUCCUACAUCUACUUCUUCAAACGCACUCUUGUGUAUGCAUUCGACGUGGAGGCCAACGGCUUGGCAAGAGGCUUCCCAAAAAACAUCCGAGAUGUUUUCCCUCCAGUGGUGAGUGGAGAUCAUCCAGAUGGCAACAUUGACUCUGCCUACUUCUCCUACACCCACAAUGCCAUCUUUCUUCUCAAGGGCACGCAAUUCUGGCAGGUGGUGAGCAGCCGCGAUCGCUGGCGCCGGCCCUCUCUGCCACGAAAUGGCCUGCUGCCACACAAGGAGGUGGAUCAGCACUGGUUCGACAUCUGCAAUGUUCAUCCCACUGCACUCAAACUAACCCGCUGAGGGUGCUCAUGCAGAGAUUCAUUAAACCCUACUGAUGUUUAAUGAUGUGUACACAUCUAAAUACUGUUUGUGUUAUGUGUAUACAUUAUCCACGUUUUUACUGACAUUACUCUCUCUUAUUUGAGGUCUAAUAGACAAAAACUACUAUUUAAAUAUUUUGUUGGCUAAUUUUCAAUGAAGUGUGUUAUUUAUAUAUCUGACAGCUGCUCUAUCUUUCCCUGUCCAUCACUUAGAGGUGCCAAACGCAUUCUGGCAUGAAAACAAUCCUAAAGGAUCUCUUAUGAUUAAGAUAUUUAGAGCAUGAGUGAGAAUAAACUUAUUUAUUGAAUGUUUACUUGUUCUUUAUACAGACACUUAUUGAUAUACAUGUAAUAUAGCUGAUACCUAUCAGUGUUGUGCUGAGUUGCUCUAUGUAAAGCUUUAUCUGUGCACAGACGGAAUUGCUUUCAUAAGGCACACUUACAAAGAAAAUGAGAUGUUUAUACAGAAAAAAAACCCCAUGAAAUGUCAUAUGUCACAAUAUAUGUAUCAUGAAGUGUGGAGUGACUUCUCA